GAGGCGCGGCUGCGGCGCGGGGUCGGGGCCAGGUAGCCCGAGGCGCCCGAGCAGGGUGCGCCCAGCCGGCCGCGGCCGUGGAGCAGUCAUGGCGGAGGCCGCGCCGCAGCACCUGGAGCUGCCCUGGGGACUGUUGGAGCUGUGCGCGCUCCUGGGGCCCCCGCGGGACAGCCUCCGAGGCCCUGAGCAGGGGGCCCAGAAGAAGGGAGCCAAGAGCCCGCCCUCUCUCGCCCCGGAGGUCCUGUCCGUCUUCGUGCCUCCGUUUGUCAGCAAGGAGGACAGCGCAGCGGCAGCGGCGGCAGCCGGCGCAAGCAGCGGGACUCUGGGCAAGGCCAAGCGACGUUCCUUCCGGAGGAAGCGAGAUCGGCCCAGAGCUGAGCCCGGGAGGGGCCCCCGGGGCGCGGAGCCCGAGGACGCGGGCAUCCCCGACGGUGUGGACCUGCUGGCCCUGCCGCAGCUGUGCUUCCCAGGGGGCGUGCGUGUGGCCUCGGAGCCCGAGGAGGACCGCGUCCACUUUCUGGUCCUGACCGACGUCUGCGGCAAUAGGACCCACGGCGUGGUCGCCCAGUACUACCGCCCCCUGCACGACAAGCACUGUUUCUACAACGGCAAGACUCAAUGGGAGGCGUCGGGGCCGAGCGGGAGCGCGGCUGGCUGCUUCGUGCCCUUUGCCGUGUGCGUGGUCUCCAGGUUCCCCUAUUACAACGCCCUCAAGGACUGCCUCUCCUGUUUAUUGACUCAUCUGAAGCUCUGUAAAGAUUUCGAAGUUGACAAUCACAUAAAAGAUUUUGCCGCAAAACUAUCUUUAAUACCUAGCCCGCCGCCUGGACCACUCCAUUUGGUCUUCAACAUGAAGCCGCUGCAGAUCGUGUUCCCCUCGAGAGCGGACCCUGAAAGCCCCCUCAUCGACCUGGACCUUCACCUGCCCUUGCUGUGCUUCCGGCCCGAGAAGGUGCUGCAGAUCCUAACCUGCCUCCUGACGGAGCGGCGCCUCGUGUUCUUCUCGUCCAGCUGGGCCCUGCUGACGCUGGUGGCCGAGUGCUUCAUGGCCUUCCUGCACCCGCUGCAGUGGCAGCACACCUUCGUGCCCAUCCUGUCCGGGCAGAUGCUGGACUUCGUCAUGGCACCCACGUCCUUCCUCAUGGGCUGCCACCUCGACCACUUUGCGGAAGUCAGCAAGGAAGCUGAUGGUUUGAUUCUGAUAAAUAUCGACACGGGAAGCAUCUCCUCCUCCAACAGCGAGGACGCCGACGUGCCCGACAUCCCUCUCCUGGCGGCACAGACGUUCAUUCAGAGCAUCCAGAGCCUUCAGCUGCACCACGAGCUGCACCUCGCUCACCUCUGCGCCAGCACGGACCUGAACGAGGGCCGAGCCUCCCGGCGGGCCUGGCAGCACAGGCUUAACUGCCAGAUCCAGCAGAUCUGCCUGCAGCUGCUCGUCAGCAUCUUCAGGGAAGUGAAGAAUCACUUGAAUUACGAACACAGGGUGUUUAACAGUGAGGAGUUUCUCAAAACUCGCGCUCCAGGGGACCAGCAGUUUUAUAAACAGGUUCUGGAGACGUACAUGUUCCACGCGUUCCUCAAGGCCCGGCUCAGCAGACGGAUGGACGCCUUCGCCCAGAUGGAGCUGCACACGCAGUCGGAGGAGGACAGGAUAAACGGGACGCUUCUGAGUCCGCGCAGACCCACCAUCGAGAAGAUGGCCAGCCGGAAGUCCACGCUGCUGCAGGCGGCCCCCCGGCGCAAGGUGGUCAGCAUGCCCGACCUGCAGGUCAUCGCGGUGCCCGAGCUGCUGCCCCGCAAUUCGUCGCUUCGGAAAAUACACACCGCGGAUGGCGGCAGCAGCCAUGCAGCUGGGAGCCUGGCCCUCCAGCCCACCUACACCUUCAAGAUCCCGGAAGUCCACUUCCCGCUGCUGGCCCAGUGCGUGCAGGUGUUCUACGAGGACUGUGUCGCCCAGCUGAGCAAGGCCAUGGUCUCGCUGGCGCCCGAGAACUCGGUGCUGCUGGCCAGGUACUUCUACCUGCGCGGCCUCGUGCAGCUGAUGCAGGGCCGGCUGCUAGGCGCCCUCCUGGACUUCCAGAGUCUCUACAAGACGGACGUGCACAUCUUCCCCGCCGACCUCGUCCAGAGGACCGUGGAGUCACUGUCGGGCCACGAGCGCGCGCAGGCCGAGCGGAUGCCUGAGCUGCGCAGGCUCAUCAGCGAGGUCAUGGACAAGCCUGUGGACGCCCCCAAGGCCGACGACCGCGUCAAGAACUUCGAGCUGCCCAAGACGCACCUGCAGCUGGAUGACUUCGUGAAGAGGGUCCAGGAGUCCGGCAUCGUGAAGGACACCGGCGUCAUCCACCGGCUCUUUGAGGCGCUGACCGUCGGACAACAGAAACAGAUUGACCCAGAAACGUUCCGAGAGUUCUACAACUGCUGGAAGGAGGCAGAAGCAGAGGCCCAAGAGGUCAGCCUGCCCCUGUCGGCGCUCGAACACCUGGACAAGAACGAGUGCGUGUACAAGCUGUCCAGCUCCGUCAAGACGAACCUCGGCGUCGGCAAGAUCGCCAUGACCCAGAAGCGCCUGUUCCUGCUCACCGAGGGGCGGCCGGGCUACGUGGAGAUCGCCGCCUUCAGAGACAUGGAGGAAGUUAGAAGCACCACAGUCGCUUUUCUGCUUCUGAGAAUUCCCACCUUAAAAAUCAAAACGGCGUCCAAGAAAGAAGUCUUCGAAGCCAACCUCAAGACCGAGUGCGACCUGUGGCACCUGAUGGUGAAGGAGAUGUGGGCCGGGAAGAAGCUGGCCGACGAGCACAAGGACCCCCAGUAUGUCCAGCAGGCACUGACCCACGUCCUGCUGAUGGACGCCGUCGUGGGCACGCUGCAGUCGCCCGGUGCCAUCUAUGCCGCCUCCAAGUUAUCGCACUUCGAUAAGCUGAGGAGUGAGAUGCCCAUGGUGGUUCCAAAGACGACCUCGGAGACACUGAAGCAUAAGAUAAACCCUUCCGCAGGGGAGACGGCCCCCCGCGCCGUGGACGUCCUGCUCUACACCCCAGGGCAUCUCGACCCAGCAGAAAAAGUUGAGGAUGCCCACCCCAAAUUAUGGUGCGCUCUGAACGGAGGCAAGGUGGUCGUGUUUGAUGCCUCCUCUUGGACGAUUCACCAGCACUGCCUUAAAGUGGGCAAUUCUAAAUUGAACUGCAUGGUGAUGGUGGAGCAGAGCCAGGUGUGGGUCGGCUCCGAGGACUCCGUCAUCUACAUCAUCAACGUCCACAGCAUGUCCUGCCACAAGCAGCUCACGGACCACCGCGCCAGCGUCACGGGCUUGGUGGUGCAGGACGGGGCGCCCAGCGCCGUGUACUCGUGCAGCGCGGAUGGGACGGUGCUGGCCUGGAACGUGAGCUCGCUGCGGGUGACCAGCAGGUUCCAGGUGCCGGGAAACGGGCUCUCGUCCAUCACCCUGUACGGAGACCGCCUGUGGUGCUGUGCCGGGAGCAGUAUCGUGGUCAUGACCGCGAGUGGAUUCCUCCAUCAAGAGCUGAAGAUCAACGAGGGCUUUAAGGACAGAAGCGCCUUCCUGGCUUUCCAGCUCCUGCACGAGCAGGAGCAGCUGUGGGCGGCCUGUUCCAGGUACGACAGCAUCUACGUCUGGAGCCUGGAGGACCUGGCGCGGCCCCCGCAGAGGGUCUGCCUCCGGGACUGCUCGGCGAUCACGUGCAUGAUCAGGGUGAAGCAGCAGAUCUGGGUGGGCGGCACGGGGCUGUCGCAGGGGAGACCCAAGGGGAAGAUCUACGUCAUCGAUGCCGAGCGGCGGACGGUGGAGAAGGAGCUGGUGGCCCACGCGGACACCGUGAAGACCCUGUGCUCCGCGGAGGACAGAUACGUGCUCAGCGGGUCCGGCUGCGAGGAGGGCAAGAUCGCCAUCUGGAAGGUCGAGUGACCGCGGGCCAGCAUCGCGGACGGCGUGCUCGGCAGCCACGCGCCUCGUGCGGGCGCCGGCGCCUCUCCCCGGGGGCGGCCAGGCGGGUGGGCGGGGCCGCCGCAGGUGCCUGCCCGGCUCUCCGGCCUCGGUCUCGGCGGGAAAAGCCGCCCUUCCUGUCUCGGACCCGAUUGAACUACCGUUCCAGGGCGGGGUGCUUCUCAGGCGGCACCUGCUGAGAAGGCCCCCCUGCGUUGUCUCGAUGGUUCCAGCACCUGCGACGCGGGCCAGCCAGAAGCAGUUUAGCCACAGCCCCGGGACCUGCCGACCUCGAGUCUCCGGUUGUGCUCUUCCUGCAGGCCACUUGCCGAGUACGGAGCCCCAGAGCCUGCCAGCCCUACGCUGACCUCGUCUCCAGCAAAGCUCGUGAGAAGGGCUGUCGGUUUUUGUUCUGUUUCACAGCUGCACCCUGGGACACAGACGUUCCCGGGCCAGGGACUGCAUCUGAGCCGCAGCUGCAGCAACACCAGAUCCUUUAACCCACUGCCUAGGGCCAGAGGCUGAACCUGCACAGCAACCUGAGCUGCUGCAGCCGGAGUCUUAACCCGCUGCACCACAGCAGGAGCUCCAAGAGGGGCUCUUUUUAAAUGACCUCCUUGUGGUUGGACAGGUUGGCGCCUGCCCCGGCUCUUUCCCAUCCCAGCAGGUGACCAGGGCCUGCCCAGGGAGAACACUGUGAUAAGGCUGUCUGGACCGGGUGGCCGGCUCAGGCAAGCUGUGUCUUUUCUUGUUCUUUUUAACUAACGCAACAUUUUUAUAAUGAAGAGACCUAAAGCUUUUUUCUACCAGAGUUCCACCUAAAAUAGCACGUACCGACUCUCACCAGAUACCAGUGUACAUUUCAUUUCCACUCUACUCGGGUCUCGCUGCACAGCGUGUGUGCAUAUGUAGAUGGUGCCUUAUUAUUUAACUGAGGAUAAUCAGACUGGCUAUAAAUAAGUAUUUGCGGAGAGAGA